AUGUCAAGGGAUUGCCCUCGUAGGAGGAAUCCGAAUGCGGGUCAGAAUCAACCCCAAAGACGAGUGUUUGCUAUGAACGCCAGUGAUGCUGCUAAGGCAGAUCCUUUGAUGAGAGGUAAAGGUUUAUUUGGUGAUAAGACAUUGGUUGCAUUGUAUGAUACUGGAGCUUCGCAUUCAUUCAUUACAUUUGAUAAGGUUGAGGAACUAGGAUUGAAAAUAUCAGAAUUAGCUUUCGAUUUGUAUGUGCAUACCCCGUAUCAGACGGUUGUGACUAGAUCAGGUUGUAGGCAAAUAUCUUUCAAGAUUGGGGAUAGAAAAUUUGUUCAUGAUUUAAUCUGUUUGCCAAUGUUUAUGCCAGAAGGAGAAAGAGGAGCAGUGGUAGCUGAGUGUUAUUACCUAAACUCUGUGUUGGUGAAUUAUAGUGAAAAAGAGUGUCAGGGUUAUAUACUUUUGGCUGCGAAUGCGUUAGGUGAUGAACAGAAGUUAGAUCGAAUUCCGGUAGUUAGAGAUUUUCCUAAAGUGUUUCCUGAAGAUAUUCCCGAAUUUUUACCUUAA